CUUUCUUCUUUACCGAUCUCAAGAAACAGAGAACUCUAAAUCCUCUUCAAUGGCGAUUUCUCUAAGACCUUCCGCCAUUUCCAGACCUUCUCUUCCUCCCCAACCCUCUUCUUCUCCAUCUCCACUACCCAGAACUCAAUUUAGACUCUCCCGCGUUUCCCUUCCCACUACAAGUCUAUCUCUCUUAACUCUCCUCACUUCUCCUCAUGAAGUGAAAGCUCUAAACAUCUCUAAGGAAGAAAUUGUCACAUCUCUCACUCAAGUUGAAAAGACGGUUGAUCAAGUUCUGGAUACGGGUUCAGCGUUCUUUGAUACUGCACAACGUGUUUUUCAAGCUUUUCAAGAGGCUGUGAAACCUGGGAUUGAUGUGGGUUUGCCGAUUUUACAACAAGCUGGUGAACAGGCUGUGAAGAUUGCUUCCCCUGCAUUUUCUGAAGCUUCAAAGAAAGCUCAGGAGGCAAUUCAGAGCUCCGGUAUUGAUACUGAGACUGUGAUGAGUGCUGCCAAGACUGUUGCGGGUGCGGCACAACAGACGUCGAAAGUAAUUGAUGUUGCCAAGCCAAUAGCUUCGUCAACUAUUGAUACCAUUUCAACAGCUGAUCCUUCAUCAAUUGUUGUGGCUGGUGGAGUUUUAUUCCUAGUUUACCUUGCCCUUCCUCCGGUUUGGUCUGCUAUUUCUUUCGGUUUUCGUGGCUACAAAGGUGAUCUUACUCCUGCUCAAUCCCUUGAUCUCCUAUCAACAUCAAAUUACAUCCUGAUCGAUAUUAGAACAGAGAAAGAUAAAGAAAAAGCAGGCAUCCCUCGCGUCCCUCCAAGUGCUAAAAAUAGAGUAAUCUCAAUCCCGUUGGAAGAGCUGCCAAACAAGAUAAAAAGCCUUGUUAGAAAUUCGAAGAAAGUGCAAUCAGAAAUAGCAGCAUUGAAGAUUUCAUACUUGAAGAAAGUGAACAAAGGAUCAAAGAUUGUGAUAUUGGAUUCGUAUUCGGAUGAAGCUAAAACAGUUGCAAAGACUCUAACGAGUUUGGGAUUCAAGAAUAGUUGGAUUGUUGCAGAUGGAUUCUCGGGAAGGAAUGGUUGGCUGCAAAGUCGAUUGGGGACAGAUUCGUAUAAGUUUUCGUUUGCGGAAAUCAUAUCUCCAUCUAGAAUUCUUUCGGGAGGAGGGACACAACGUAUUGGCACGACCAGACUUCUUCGCGGGGGCUCAGACUAGUAAUAAUUUGACCAUUUUGAUGUAAAACCAUUAUAUGUUGGCUUAUUAGCUUUAGGAAUUUCUGAAAAAGUUCACAUUUUUAUUCUUUUGUGUGCUAGUGUUUUUAUUUGAUCAUGUAAUUUUAAUGUUAUCUUGUAACUGUUGUGUAUUUUUUUAAUGGGUGAGAGUGAAUCAGAUGUCUAAAGUUUAUUCAUCUGCAAAUU